GCAACAUUUUAGCGAUCCGCACGGAAGCCGUGGCCGGAGCUCUGAGGGGCGAUGUUGUCCCGCAGCCGGCAGGUGCCGGUCUUCCGCUUUGCAAGAGCAGCAAGUACCCUGCAGGAGCUGUGGGCAUCUGGUGCUUCGGUGACGGAUAUCGCGGCCGAGUCCUGCGACCGCGCCGCGCGAGCAGAUCGCCAUGAAUGGGUGCACCUGGUGCCCAAACAGCAGGUGCUGGCGGAGGCCAAGGCGCUGCAACAGAAAGCCGCCUCCAUGAGCCAGGAGCAAAGACGGAGAGAGCUUCCACUCCUGGGCUCCACCUUCGCGGUGAAGGACAACUUGCAGGUUGCAGGCCUCCCGACCACCAACGCCAUGGACUAUCGCCCACCCAGGCAGGCGCCCAUCGCGAAGAGAAGCGCAGCCGUGGUGAAGCAGCUACAGGAGCGUGGCGCCGUGUGCAUCGGCAAGGCCAACAUGGACUGUCUCGCCACAGGCUUGGUGGGGGUGCGAUCACCCUACGGUGCCUGCCAGAACUCCCUAGACCGGAGCUUCAUUUCCGGCGGCUCCUCUUCGGGCUCCGGGGUCUCUGUGGCGUUGGCCCAGGUCACCUUCUCUUUGGGCACUGACACGGCCGGCAGCGGCCGUGUGCCGGCGGCGCUGAACAACAUCGUGGGGCUCAAGGCGUCCCGUGGACUUAUGUCCACAGACGGCCUCUCGCCCGCGUGCAAGACAUUGGACUGCGUGUCGAUCUUCUCCUUGACAGUGCCGGAGGCCCAGCGGAUCCUAGAAGUGGCCUCUGCCGCCAGCGGCACUGAUCCUUGGGAUCGCCCUGGCAAGGACUUGCGCCAGGGCCCACGGCUGCCGCCCUCGGGGCCUGCCAGCUUUAGGUUUGGAGUGCCCAGCGCGCGCUUUGUGGACUUUGGGAGCUUUGGGGCGCAGGCGCAGGCGCGGGCCGACGACUACCGCCAAGCCUGGGAGAGGUCUGUGGAGGCGCUGAAGGCCAUCGGCGGGACCUGCGUGGAGGUGGACUAUGCCCCCUUCCAAGAGGCUGCCAAUUUGCUCUACCAGGGCCCCUGGGUGGCAGAGCGUUUGUCCGCCUGCGCCGACCUGCUGGCAGACGAGCCAGAGCUGCUGGAUGCCACGGUCAAGACCAUCGUGGAAAACGGGACCGAGUACACGGCCAAACAGUGCUUUGAGGCCAUCUACCAGCUGCAGCAGCUUCGCUUCGAGGCGAUGCAGGCCCUGAACACCGUACAGGCCCAGGUGCUGGUCACUCCCACGGUGGGUGCCACGUACACCAUUGAGGAUGUCUUGGCCGACCCUGUGGUGCUGAACACCAAUCUGGGCCGCUACACCAACCACAUGAACCUGCUUGAUUUGUGCGGCAUUUCGGUGCCGACCACCUUCGCAGCCGAGAAGCUGCCCUUUGGCGUCACCGUCUCGGCGGUGGCGGGCCAUGAUGCGCUCAUUUGCGACGUGGCACAGAGGCUCCACUCGGCCGCGGGGCUUACGGCUGGGGCCACGACCAGCGCAGUGCAAGACGUUGCAGCAGCCGUGGAGGCCACCGAGGGCAAGUACUUUGGGCCGCUGCCAGCGGGCGCGGAGUCGUUUGAAGUCGCAGUUUGCGGUGCGCACAUGGAAGGACUGGCCUUGAGCUGGCAGCUCACUGAGCGGGGCGGCCGCUUCAUGCGCACUGCGCGGACCUCUCCCAGGUACCGCCUAGUGGCCUUUGACGGCAUGAGCCCCCCGCGACCGGGGCUGGUGGACGAUGCCAAGGGCGCCGGCAUCGAUCUUGAGAUCUGGGAGAUGCCAGCGGCCUCCUUCGGCAGCUUCAUGAAGCUAGUGGCCUCUCCCUUGGGCAUCGGCUGGAUCGAGCUUGAGGAUGGGAGCCGAGUGCAGGGCUUCCGCCAGGUGGACCACGGCGCCAAUCGCCGGGGCCUGGUGGGCGUGGGUGGCGAUGCCCCCGUGGACAUCACCGAGCUCGGGUCCUGGAGGAACUAUCUCAAGAAGUGACCUGAGUCUGAAAGGGCUCGGAUGCUCGGCCGACCGGCCUUAUGGAAGGGGCCUAAAACGGCCUCGAAAACACCAGGCUUUGCCGUUUGACCCCUGCCUGGUGUGUC